AUGGGAGUUUUUCGGAUCCUCAGCCUGUUACUCUUCGCUCCCCAACUAUUUCAGCAUGGUCAAGCCUACAACAUCGGUAUCGGCCAGAGCGACAUUACUGGUCCUGCCGCUACAAUCGUCAUGAUGGGUUUCGCCGACUCAACCGAGACAACUCAAGGGAUUCUAAAUCGCGAGUAUGCUCGUGCCUUCCUGAUCGAAGACGCGGACACCAACAACAGAGUCAUGUUCGUGCAUUGCGAUCUGAUGUCGGUCAUGCAACUCGUCCACCAAGAAGUCCUCACGAAACUCGCCUCGAAAUAUCACGGCCUGUACACGGAGCAAAACGUUAUUCUACAUGCAUCACACACGCAUGCCGGCCCUGGAGGUACCGCAGGGUAUUUCCUCUACGACGUCUCCAUCUUAGGAUUCGUGAACGACACUUUCGAGAAGAUCGUCAGCGGAAUCCUGGAAGCCAUCGAUGCAGCGCAUCAUUCCAUGGAGAAUGGAACUAUUCGUUGGAACAAAGGUGAAGUGGUCAAGGGUGGUAAUAACCGCUCUCCCAAGGCUUACCUGGCCAAUCCUGCAUCCGAGAGAGCGCUCUAUGACAGCAACAUUGACACGACAAUGCGCGCGCUACACUUCUAUAACGAUGAGGGCAAGCUUCGAGGCGUUUUGGCCUUCUAUCCUGUUCAUCCGACAAGUCUGACGGGGAAGAACCAUCUUAUCAGUGGCGACAACAAGGGUUACGCUGAAUUUUUGCUGGAAGACGAGCUAGAUGAUGUUAUUGUGGGGAUUGGAAUUGCGAAUGCUGGAGAUGUUAGCCCGAACUUGGUUGACAAUGGCAACGGUACAUUCCGUGGCGAAGGCAAGACUUUGAUCGAGUCUGCAGAGAUCAUGGGGAAGCGGCAGUAUGAUACGCUCUCUGCACUCAUCGAAGGAGACUCGGAGCUUAUUGAGGGCUCUGUUGUGGCCAAUCUCUCCUAUAUCGACUUUGCUAAAGUUUCUUUGAAUGGAGUUAAUGCCACCGCCGAUAACCCGUACGCCGAUAGAACUUGUCCCGCUGUCCUCGGACAGAAUUUUGGUGCCGGUACAGAAGAUGGUCGAGGGGUCGGGGGAUUCACGGAGGGUGAUCUCAAGGCCAACAAGCUCUUUAGAACACUGGGAGCUAUCAUCAAGAAGACACCGAAGUGGGUGCAGGACUGUCAGGACGUCAGCAAAGUGCCACUUCUAGCUGUCGGACUAAUGGAACCGAAGCCGUGGGUACCGGCAAUUCUACCUGUACAGAUCGUCAAAAUCGGCCAGUUCGGGAUCGCUGUGACCAACUUUGAGACUACAACCAUGUCUGGCCGACGAAUCCGAAAGACGGUGAAGAAAGCUCUGGCAGCAGCUGGUGUCAAGGAAGUUGAGUUGGCUUCUGUCAGCAACGGGCGCAUCCACUCUUUUUGGGCCGAAUCAACUGGCUGCAGUACAACAAGAGCUGGCUCGAGUGGCUGCAUCGGUGGUCGAUGCAUCUAA